UAUUCUUAACCCUCUGUAACCAAUCUCAAGUUUUAUAUUCUUCUUUAUCGCCUCGAUCUCUUCUGAUUCAAAACAAUGGCCGAUUUGACGAUCACCGGAUUACUCAAAAGCGUUGCCGCCGAGUUUCCAUCUCGUAGGGCGAUUUCCGUUCCCGGAAAAUUCGAUGUUACGCAUUCACAGCUUCAGGAGCUAAUUGAUCGAGCCGCUUGCCGCCUUGUCGCAGCUGGAGUUAAGCCUGGUGAGGUCGUGGCUCUCACAUUUCCGAACACACUCGAGCUUGUGAUAAUGUUUUUGGCUGUAAUUCGAGCUCGAGCCACCGCUGCGCCGCUGAAUCAGGCUUACACCGCCGAGGAGUUCGAAUUUUACUUAUCGGAUUCAGGAUCUAAGCUUCUAUUGACAAACAAGGAAGGAAAUGAGCCGGCUCAAACUGCAGCGAAGAAGCUAGAAAUUCAACACGUUACCGCUGAAUUGCCGCAAAUUGACUCGGAAAUCGUUCUUUCACAAACGAAUUCGAAAUCGGAGAUUGAAUCUGUUUCGGAUAUCGUGAACGACCCCAACGAUGUUGCUUUAUUCCUUCACACAUCAGGAACUACGAGUCGGCCAAAAGGCGUGCCGCUGACUCAGCUCAAUUUGGCUUCUUCCGUGAAUAACAUCAAAUCGGUCUACAAACUCACCGAAUCUGACUCCACCGUCAUUGUCCUACCCCUGUUCCAUGUACAUGGAUUGAUGGCCGGAUUGCUUAGCUCACUGGCUGCCGGAGCCUCCGUAACCUUGCCUGCAGCUGGUAGAUUCUCUGCAUCGACGUUCUGGCCAGACAUGAAUAACUAUAAAGCGACCUGGUACACAGCAGUCCCGACCAUACACCAGAUCAUCCUGGAACGCCAUUCCAGCAAACCCGAACCCGUUUACCCAAAGCUCCGGUUCAUUCGAAGCUGCAGCGCAUCUCUAGCCCCGACAAUAUUGGCGAAGCUGGAGGAGGCGUUUAAUGCGCCGGUUCUAGAGGCCUAUGCGAUGACUGAAGCAACCCACUUAAUGUCUUCCAACCCGUUGCCCGAAGUUGGCCCGCACAAACCCGGGUCUGUUGGGAAGCCUAUAGGUCAAGAGAUGGCUAUCUUGGACGAGAGUGGCGUUGAACAAGAUGCUGGUAAAAACGGGGAAGUUUGUAUUAGGGGACCCAAUGUAACAAAAGGAUAUAAGAACAAUCCAGAAGCCAACAAAACUGCAUUCGGUUUCGGGUGGUUCCACACAGGAGAUAUCGGGUAUUUUGAUUCGGACGGGUAUUUACAUCUUGUGGGUCGGAUAAAGGAACUUAUUAACAGAGGAGGAGAGAAGAUAUCACCAAUUGAAGUGGAUGCAGUUCUCUUAUCUCAUCCUGAUGUUGCCCAAGCUGUUGCUUUUGGAGUUCCAGAUGACAAAUAUGGGGAAGAGAUCAAUUGUGCAAUUAUUCCAAGAGAAGGUUCAAACAUUGAUGAGGAAGAGGUGACAAGAUUCUGUAAGAAGAACCUUGCUGCAUUCAAGGUUCCGAAGAGGGUAUUUAUAACUGAUUCAGUGCCAAAGACAGCAACAGGAAAAAUUCAAAGGCGUAUAGUGGCUGAACAUUUCCUUGCUCAGAUCUCAACAGCUAAAGUCCCCAAAUUUGGAGCCUAAAUUAUUUUUAUUAUUAUUUCUUUUUCAAUUAGUAGAGUAAUUUGGCAAAUAAAAGCAAACGUUGUUGCUAGUCAUUAUCAUGUAUGCAGUCACUUUGGAUUAAUUGAUAAAUUUUGUUUCUAUGU